AUGGCCGGGGUUUUCAGCAAACAACGAUGUGGUUUUGCAAGUGAAACAACGAUUGAAGAGCUAAAAAAUUUUUCCAAAAACCCAAACACAGUAAAGAGUACGUCUUUCUGGCUGAAUAUAUGGGAGACGUGGUACAAACAGAAAAAUAUUGUCAACAAAAUCGAAGAAAACGAGCCAGAAAAGCUAAACAAGCUACUUGAAACAUUCUACACCGAAGUAAAAAACAAAAACGGUGACGACUACGAGCCAGACAGCUUAAGAGUGAUGAUAGCUGCACUUGAUAGACAUUUAAACGAGAAAGGAUACAAGUUUUCCAUCAUAAGAGACAGGGAGUUCCACUCUUCCAAGCAAGUUUUAGGGGGGAAAGCUUGGCAGCUUCGCCAAUCUGGUAUGGGCAGACGUCCAAAUAAAGCCAGAAGUUUAACUAAGGAAGAAGAAGAGGUGCUGUGGGAGGCAGAAAAAUUUGGUUCCAAAACUCCAGAAGCGCUUAUUUCUUCUAUGUGGUGGCUUUUGACGCAGUUCUUUGGUCUCCGCCGCCGUCAAGAACACCACGCAAUGAAAAUGGAAGAUUUUCAACUCUGCAAAAAUGACGAAGGUAUGGAGUUCGUGCAGUUUACCGGAGGUCCAACGAAGACCAGACAGGCCGGACUGCAGAGCAAGAACAGAGAUUUUCAGCCCCGAAUGUUCUCUGUUGGAGGAGAAAGGUGUCCGGUUGCUAUCUUCAAGCAGUUUGUCGAGCGAAGACCACUAAACAUGUGA